AUGGGCUCACGGCUGUUAAACGCUCCAAUUGUCCUCGACAACGGCAGCGGGACCAUUCGAGCUGGCUUUGCGGGACAAGACCUCCCAAAGUGCUACUUUCCAUCAUUUGUCGGACGGCCGAAGCAUGCGCGAGUGCUAGCAGGAGCUUUGGAAGGGGAUGUCUUCAUCGGGCCACGCGCGCAAGAACUACGAGGCUUGUUAAAAAUAAAUUAUCCAUUGGAACACGGCAUAGUUACGGAUUGGGACGACAUGGAACGGAUAUGGCAGUUUGUCUACUCAGAAGAGCUCAAGACUGUGAGCGAGGACCAUCCUGUUCUCCUCACCGAGCCUCCGCUAAACCCACGAAACAACCGCGACACUGCCGCCCAGAUACUGUUCGAGACCUUCAACGUGCCCGCGCUAUAUACAUCGAUACAAGCUGUCCUUUCGCUCUACGCUUCGGGUCGAACAACCGGCAUUGUGCUAGAUUCCGGCGACGGCGUAUCUCAUGCGGUACCUGUCUACGAAGGCUUCGCGAUGCCAAACAGCAUUAGGCGUAUAGACGUAGCUGGCAGAGACGUAACAGAACAUCUACAGACACUUUUGAGAAAAGCUGGCUACAUAUUCCAUACUUCGGCGGAAAAAGAGGUGGUAAGGAUGAUCAAGGAGAAGACAGGGUACAUCGCACUAGAUCCUGCGAAGGAGGAGAGAGAGUGGUCAGCGUCGUCAAGAACGGACAACAAGAGCGUAGAUUACACUCUCCCUGACGGUCAGAAGCUCAAGGUUGGAGUGGAGCGGUUCCGCGCGCCGGAGAUCUUGUUCAAUCCUGAGCUCAUCGGCCUAGAAUAUCCCGGAGUGCAUCAGAUCGUUGUGGAUUCAAUCAAUCGAACGGACAUGGACCUGCGAAAGUCAUUGUACGGAAGCAUAGUCCUCUCCGGCGGCUCGACUCUGACCAAAGGAUUUGGCGACAGACUGCUUCAUGAGGUGCAACGUCUAGCGGUCAAGGAUAUGAGAAUCAAGAUCUUCGCUCCGCCAGAGAGGAAGUACACAACCUGGACUGGCGGAAGCAUUCUGGCCGGGCUCAGCACGUUCAAGAAGAUGUGGGUAGAGAAGGAUGAGUGGCAGGAGAACCCAGAUAUCAUCCACACCAAAUUCGCAUGA